AUGGCGGGAACUAAAAGGCGGAAAGUGGAGACGAAAGUGUGUUUCCACAUCGACGAGGAGGAAACGCCUUAUCUGGUGAAGUUGCCUAUUGCGAUCGGAAAGUUGACGUUGAAGGACUUCAAGCGAAGCUUGCCAAGGACGAAUUUCAAAUUUUUCUUCAAAUCGGUCGAUCCGGAAUUCGGUGUUGUGAAGGAAGAAAUCACCAAUGAUUCUGCGGUACUACCGUCGUUCAAGGGUCGCGUCGUUUCAUGGCUUGUCACGGAAAAGAUCACGGAGACGCUAACGCGCCACGCUCCGCUACGUGAGAGCAAGCAGCUGGGUCAGAAGCAAGCCGCGAAUAACAUUUACGAGAAAAUCCAAACGCGAGAGAGGCUUCGUUCCGUCGGCUCCAGCACGGAUUCGGAAUCGAUCGAGUUGAGGAACAUUCUAGAGCCAUGCAGUCCAGACCUCUCGUCUCGGAUGACCACCCGGAGUUUAGAGACUGUUUACACCCACAGAGCCGGUGAUUAUGAGAACUAUCCCACGCUCGGGCGACACGAGGUGCUCAUGCCCAGCGAGGCUACGAGUACUCUAGGCGCCACCGAGGUGGCCGGAGACGACCAGAAUCUCAUCCUCGUCGAGCUGACUCUGACCGAAUCUACACCCAGCCUCGGUAUCCAUGUUGCGGAUUCACCGGGAGGGGAUCUCUUGAUCGACAGAAUAAUCGAGGGCAGUCUGGUGUGCCUCGAUGGUCGCAUAGGCGUCGGAGAUAAACUUUUGAAGAUAAACGGCACCCCGCUGCAGCAUCUAUCAAGCUCAGAAGCGACUAAUGUGAUGCGAAGCAUCACGAGCACAACUAAAGAGGUGGCGCUCCUGAUAGGCAAACGGAGUCAGAGCCCUUACGGAAAGUUCAUUCGGCCCAUCGACCCGGGCGCUUGGGUCGCUCAUACGGAAGCCGCUCUCCAGGAAGGAACUUGGGAAAACGACUUUGCGCAAAUACCUUUCGCGGCUGCGACAUCCACGAUGGAGCUGACGCCCCCAUCGUCCACCGUGCAUAGCUGGGGACCUGACGGUACGGACGAGAAGUCCGUCGAAGAUGCGCUUUCAGAAAUAGUUAGUGCGAUGGCAAGAGCGAACUCUGGACUCAGAAUAAAGGAUAGGAAAUGGCUUUCAUUUCACUUCAGAAAUGCUGCUGUAGGUACUGAAAUCGUAGACUGGCUCCAGCGAUAUGGAGCGUUUGAGAGGAAGCACGCGAAAUUGCUCGCGGAGAACAUGUUCAAGGGAGGUCUCAUCAGGAAUCCAUUGGUGAAGAAGCGUUUCAAGAAGAAAAGCAUCUACACCUUCUGUGAAGAGAUCGACCAAUUAUAUCAAAAGUCUUUGGACGAGCGGAUCUAG